AUGACGACGCAACGGAAACUCAUCCGUGGCCAACAAAAGGAAGAACUCGACGCUUCAAAGCUCCAGCUGGGUCCUGAUUUCGAGCAUGCACAACCCCUCACCAUGUCUGAAGCCAAUGCCGUGAUUCGCGCCAUUCGAGAACACAGGCGGCAACAGAAUCAGGGGGAAGAAGCGCCCAUGACGGAGGUGAUGCGAAAGACGCUCAACUAUGUUGAUGCUUUUACAAAGUAUCGAGAGGAUGAUCAAACACAUGCCAUUGAUCGGAUAUUAUCGAGUGCGGCCAUGUUGCAUCCGUUUGAGCGGGCACAGCUGGGGACGUUGGGCUUGGAGGAGGCAGAGGAGGCCAAGACACUGGUACCGAGUCUAGCGACCAAGAUUGAAGACGAUCAGCUACAACAGCUGCUAGACGAGCUGUCUGCACUGAGAAGGUAUGCUUGA